GUUAGCCGACUAAACAAGGCAAUCUAGCACACUAAACAAGAUAGUGUUACACAUGCAUUGGCUUAACUUAAACAAGACAUGCUUAUCCUAAUCAUACUCUUAACCAAAAAAUAGAUUACUUUCACUACAACAAGAAAUCUUCAUGCACCAUAUCGGACAAUGCACAUAAGACAACAAGAGUAAAUUUUUCCAUUGUUGCUGUGACAACCUAAGUGCCAUUUCACACUUAACAUGAUUUCACCCACUGGAGUUUUCUCUGCUGGCUUUUAUCCUGUCGGAGACAGUGCCUAUUUUAGCAAACCAUCUUGCACUGCUAACAAGUGCACAGUUGUUUGGAUGGCAAAUCGUGAUUUUCCUGUUAAUGGCAAACGCUCAGAGCUGUUACUAUUGGCAACUGGAAAUGUCAUAAUAACCGAUGCUGGCCAGUCCACUGCUUGGUCAACAGACACCUUUUCGCUUUUUUCAACAGAAUUACGCCUCUAUGACUCUGGGAAUCUUGUUCUGCGUAACAUGGAAGGGGUUGUUUUAUGGCAAAGCUUUGAGUCACCUACGGAUACUCUUCUUCCAUGGCAACCGCUCACAAGAAACAUCCAGCUCGUCUCAUCAAGAAGCCCAACGAAUUUUUCCACUGGCUUCUACAAGCUACUAUUUGAUGACUAUAACCUUUUAUGUCUUGUCUAUGAUGAUCCAGUGGUUUCAAGUGUUUAUUGGCCAUAUGCGUGGCUUCGAAGCUGGGAAGGCGGCAGGUUUCCAUACAGCAGCAGUAGAAUUGCCAUACUUGAUUCGUUAGGAAGGUUCACUUCAUCUGAUAAUUUCAGUUUUAUUUCAGCAGAUUUUGGAGUGAGACUCCAACGAAGGUUGACACUUGAUUCUGAUGGGAAUGCCAGACUGUAUAUACGAGAGGAUGAUAGCGCAACUUGGGUUGUUUCGUGGCAAGCUAGAUCUAAACUAUGUGAAAUUCAUGGAAUCUGUGGACAGAACAGCACAUGUAGCUAUAAUCCAUUUUCUGGUAGUAAGUGUUCUUGUCUUCCAGGAUAUAAAAUAAAGAAUGCUACCGACUGGUCUUAUGGUUGUGAACCAGAAUUCAACCUCCCGUGUGACAAUGAUACAGAGGUUGGAUUUAUCAAACUUGAAAAUAUCGAAUUUUAUGGCAAUGAUAAUGGGUUUUUUCCCAAUAUUAGCUUGAAGAUGUGCGAGAAAUUAUGUUUGCAAUCGUGCAACUGCAAAGGAUAUCAGUACAGGUAUAUUGAGAACAGUGUUGUUCCUAGUUGUUAUCCUAAGAUGUUAUUAGCCAGUGGAACGGCUUCGUGGAUUGCUGGGAUCAUAGAUCCCAUGUCGGAUAGUGAAUAUGAGAAAUCUAAGAUGGAACUUCUGCUUACAGUUGCACUUGAAUGUGUAGAGGAUGACAAAGAUGCCAGACCCACCAUGCGGAGAGUCGUUGAGUUGCUUCUGCAACUUGAAAAUCAUAAUUGAUUAUUGGAUUUAGCAACAUGAGACGAACUCAAUUUUUCAUUCAUCAUCAAAAUAAUAAUGUACUAAUUUUUCUCAUUGUUUUAUUUUUCUUUUGCACUUUUUUCCAAGCGAGUAAGCUUUUUUACGUUUAGUUAGUUUGAGAAAUUCCUUUACCGUUUGAAAAUAUAACAUUUCUUGCACUUGUUUCAAGUAAUUAACAGUUAGAUCUUCUUUUCAUGUAACAGUUUAUACUUAAAAGAAAGCACCGC